CAGUGCUCACCGCGCGUAACGAAUAGAAGAAUUUGAUGAACACUCAAUCUAGUACUGUACCCUUCUUCCGAAAUGACACCAUUGCAAAACUAUUCAUCGAAAGGUGUUGAUUUCUGAGAAAUAUCGCUGUAUCAUUGGAUUCUGGAACUUAAGGCGUCAUUGCAGUCAUUGGAUAUCUUUGACGCUCUUCUCUACCAGCAAACUGAAACUGCCAUGCUGGACUGGUGGAACUCCUGCAACGACUUCAAUCAAUACGCACUGUCGAGUUUCUGGACUGUUUUCACUGAAACACAAAUGCUUUGUCAAGCUCCUAUCAGCCAACUCACUGGUGCUGGAGAAGUCAGCCUGCAGGACAUGGUCAGGAUGCUUACCAGAUCGCGAGAGUAUGGAAGCCAACACUGCGGUUCUUACAUCUGGAUACCUGUUGCUAGAUGGAUCUCUGGAUCGAGCGCCAUCCUUACGAAGCAGAAAGAUGCGAGAAUGGCAUGGGAUGAGUACCAAGCACACAUCACCAAGAAGACCACAGCAAUAAGACAUCAUAUGCUCUUGUUGAGUAUCGGAGUGGCAUUGCAAGAGAUCCAGUCAACCUUUGCGACAAUUGGCAAUAACCUGGGACAGGCUGCAACUCUGAUGGCUGCUGCGGAUGGAUCUGUCAGAACUUCACUGGUUAUAAAUCAACAGGCAAUUCAAGCGGGAAUCACCAAGGCCGUACAAGAGUUCCAGGAUACUUUGUCUGCGGUUCAGGUACUCGUUACGAUUGACUCGAGUAUCCAAACUUCCGGAAUCACUGCUGAUAUUGACCCGCCCAGCGUCUAUGGAGAAUAGGGCUACACGUGAUACGGUGAGAGCAGGGAACAUACAGGAGAUGAGAGUUUGCAAUAGUGAUAGGUUUAGGACACUAUUGUGUGAUAUCGCUGCUUAGGCUAAGCCCAAAAUUGCACCGCAGACAACCCAGUACAGCUUUGUGUAUCAGCGACCUCUAACGGCAACAAUUUCCAAGAUAAUCGACUUGUUCCAAAAAGCCCAUCCCUUCGUUCCACAUGCCAUUUAACCGUCCCCACUGAGCAUCAAACCCAGUAACAAGCAUCAACGCCUCCC